UUUGUAUUUUAUAAUGUUGAUUACAUGGAUCGCACGUGUGAUGUGUCCAAUAAUCGAAUAAUUAACUCCUAAAUAAAUAAAUAAAUCACAUGAAAUUACAAAAAUACCCUCCAUGAAGAUCUGUGACGUACAUCAUCAUCGAUGAGUUUGAUGCCGUAUCCUCCACCAACACCAUCCUUCUCCCUCCAAUCCUUCCUUCUUCCUUAAACCCUACCCAUUUCUUUUUUCUCCGAUUAAAUUAAUUAAUUAAAAUUAAAAUUAAUUCCAAAACCCCCCAAUUUUUCCUCCAUUAAAAUGAAAUUAAACCUUCAAAAUUCACUCUAAAAUCCCCCAAAAAAAUUAAAAAAAAAAAAAAAAAAUCAAAACUUCGAUAUGCCAUUUUCAUCAAUAAUUCUUCUUCAACAAUCUUAUCUUCUUCUUCUUCCUUCAUCAUCUUCUUCCCUCAAACCCUUCAAUUCCUAGCCCUAAUUCAAACCCUAACCCUAAUUUUCUCUCUCCUCCAUUCCCAUGGAUCCUCCUCCUCGCCGCGGCGCUCGUGCUGUCAUCGACCCGAAAGUCCGACAAGUCGGGUUUUUUGCGCCCGACAGAACUCGGUCGGAUUCCUUCUCUUCGUCGUCCUCGUCUUCUCCGGUGGGCGAGAUUUCACCUUCCGGCAACUCCCUUUCUCCGGUGAUGAUUCCACCACCUCGCCAUUCUUCCGACACCCAUUUGCUGCUAUCUUCUUCUCGUCCUGUGGGACCCCAUUACCCUCCUGUGCCAUCUUCGCCGCUUCGUCGUCCUGCUUCUGAUGUUGCAACUGCCCAUCUUGUUGUUGGGAGCUAUAAUCCUUCGGAUAUAUUUCCUUCGGAGUCGGAGAAUUCGGAAGAUGUAAUGGUUUCGCCUUCGGGUGGUGGGAAGGGUAGGAAGAGUGGUAGUAAGUUUGCUUCUUCGAUGCCGAGUGGCGCCAGUGGUGGGUUUGAUUUGAUGGUUGGUAAGGCGGGGAGAAAUGGCGGUGUUGGAGUGAUUAGUGGUAGCUUGAUUACAGCUUCUGGAGUUAAUUUGGCAGCUGUUGCUUUAGAAAAAGUUGGAGAUGCAUCGACAGAUGCUCAAAGUGAACAACAUGGCAAUUCAAAGCCAUCAAAGGAAAAAAUGUCAAAAGCAGAAAGACGUGCACUUCAAGAAGCCCAAAGGGCUGCAAAGGCUGCUGCGAAAGCUGAAAUGGGUAAGGCACCAGCCGCAGCUUCUGGAGCAGGGAGUUCUAAGCAGGUGAAAGCUGCUAAGGCUUCUGUUCAAAAUAAAGACAAUGCUUCUGUUGCAGCAUCUGAGAAGAAAGGCGUUGAUCGUCAAUCAGAGAAAGAGAGGAAGAAAGAUGUCCCUCAUCCGCGCAUGCAGUUUGAUGAUAAGACACGGGUGGAGAAAGCGAAAAAGAGAGCAGUUGUGAACCAAACUGAAGCCAGAAACAGGGUUGAACUUUUUAGGCACCUGCCUCAAUAUGAGCAUGGAACACAGCUUCCUGAUCUGGAGUCAAAGUUUUUCCAACUAGAACCAAUGCAUCCAGCCGUUUACAAGGUUGGACUGCGUUAUUUAACUGGAGAUAUUUCUGGUGGCAAUGCUCGUUGCAUUGCAAUGCUUCAAGCAUUUCAAGAGGCAAUAAAGGACUACUCAACACCGCCGGAGAAAGCUCUGAUCAGAGACCUUACUGCAAGAAUCGGUAGUUAUGUUUCAUUUCUGAUCGAGUGCAGGCCCCUUUCAAUUAGUAUGGGUAAUGCGAUUAGAUUCUUAAAGAAUCGGAUUGCCAAGUUGCCUAUGUGUUUGUCGGAGUCUGAAGCAAAGGCCUCUCUGCAAUCAGAUAUUAAUCAUUUUAUUAGUGAGAAGAUACUCAUUGCUGACAAAGUGAUAGUCAAACAUGCUGUGACCAAAAUUAGAGAUGGGGAUGUCCUCCUCACAUAUGGAUCAUCCUCAGCUGUGGAAAUGAUAUUGCUACAUGCACAUGAGAUGGGGAAACAAUUUCGCGUAGUCAUAGUGGACUCUCGUCCAAAGCUUGAGGGUCAACUUUUACUUCGCAGAUUGGUGGCUAAGGGUCUUAACUGUACAUACACACAUAUAAAUGCUGUUUCGUAUACUAUGCAUGAAGUCACUCGAGUUUUCUUAGGGGCUGCUUCAGUUUUGUCUAAUGGAACUGUUUACUCAAGGGUUGGGACUGCUUGUGUAGCUAUGGUUGCUCAUGCCUUCCAUGUUCCAGUAUUGGUUUGCUGUGAAGCAUAUAAGUUUCAUGAAAGGGUUCAACUUGAUUCCAUAUGUUUUAAUGAACUUGGUGACCCUGAUGCAAUUUUGAAAGUUCCUGGUAGAAGGGAAAUCAGUUACUUAAAAGAUUGGACUAGUAAUGAGAAUUUGCAACUAUUAAAUUUGAUGUAUGAUACAACUCCUUCAGAUUACAUUUCUAUGAUUAUUACGGACUAUGGCAUGAUUCCACCGACAAGUGUGCCAGUCAUUGUGCGGGAAUAUCGGAGGGAACACUUGUGGGGCUAGGCAAGAGGACAGUAAUAACCACAUCACAUUUUUGUAUCCUGCAAUGAAGAUUGUGUUGCCAAACGACAGAAACAUGGCAAUAAAGCUUGAAUCUUCUAGUCUCUUCACACCAUGUUCUUAAUUUUGGAAUAACGUUUUCUUGUAUCCAAUUUUACCAAUGUUUAGUUAUUUUUUUGGUCUUAACCUGACUCUGUGUAGAGUGCGAAUCCUCGCCUCUCCGGGCAGUUAUAGUGAUGCAUCCCGGCCCAUGUUUGUAGCGAAUCCAUUUUUCCCCCUUCCCCUUUUUUGGGGUUCCAAAUGUACUUUUGGGAGUUUAGUUGUAAGAAGCAGAGAGAUGUUCAAUUUUCAGAGAAGAUUAUAUGUAAUUUUGUUAUCUCGGCUUUUUUAUAUCUACUACAUAUUCUCUGUG